AUGCAUGUUCCUUUUGAUUCUUGAGAAGUGAGAUUCAACCAGAUUUAACUGAAUUUUUGCACAGCGAGUUUAGUAGACUCCCAUUAAUGACGUCAUAUCUUUAAUACUCGCAUAACUGAUAGCGUUUUCAACAUCGACACCGUCGAAUUGACAUCGAUUCGACAUCAUUUCGACGUCGAGAUCGACGAAUCGUUUCUCACUGGAAAGCUCCCAACUUUCCGAGCACGUGGACGUUACUGGAAUUCACUAGAUCUGCACUGCGCAUGCCCGAAACACUGGGCGAAGUCGCGAGGAGCCUGUCGCUAACUUCACCCUCUUCUCGGCGCGCGCGCGCGCGAGACAGCACGAGAGCGAGAGAGAGAACGAGGGGCAGAGAGUGCAGCCGCGAGGAACAGGUUUAUUGAUUGCGGAGGGCGCGCAACGUCACACACGAUGGACGACAAUGGACGCCGUGACUUGUGAACGGCCCGUCGUCCGCGAGCGACUGUUUACCAUCGCCCCGUCCGGAUCGUCCGGAUUUUAGCGUUGCGGCUACGCGCCCUGUGUCGGGAAACGUGCGUGCUGUACUGUGCGCGGGAGAUCGGACAAUCCCCCGAGCGUGCUUCGGUGUGAAGUGUGUCAGUGAAGGGACAAAGGGUGUCACGACGCCUAAUCCGGCGGCGGCGGCGGCGGCGGCGGCAGACAGCGACAGCCCGGGCUGACCAUGGGCAGCAACACGGACGGUGACAAUCUGAAUCUCAGCUGCGGCGAGAACGACAACGGCGACGAGCUAAGAAUCGCCGCGGACGAGACGUACGACACCCGCAGCGAGGUCUCCUCCAGCAGCUCCAACUCCAACUCCGACUCCAGCCACCCCACCAUCAGCUCGGUCUCCAGCAAGUCCUCGCGCGGCGACAACAAGCGCAGCAAGAGGAAUCGGAACAAGCGAAGCAGAUCCAGGGACUCCAAGUCGUCCAGCCCCGAGCCAAAGCGGGCCAGGUCCAAGGAGAGCAAGGGCACUACCAAGAGCUACGACUACACGACCAAGUUGAAUUACUUGUUUAGAGACGCAAGAUUUUUCAUUAUCAAGUCCAAUAAUGCAGAGAAUGUGACGCUGUCCAAAGCCAAGGGAGUAUGGAGCACGUUGCCACAAAACGAAGCAAAUCUCAAUCAAGCCUACAGAGAAUCGCGAAACGUUUUGCUGGUAUUUUCAGUGAAGGAGUCAGGGAAGUUUGCUGGCUUUGCGAGACUUAGCACAGAAUCCAGAAGAGACGCUGGUCCAGUUUCUUGGGUAUUGCCUCCUGGAUUAUCAGCAAAAGCUUUAGGCGGCGUAUUUAAAGUUGAUUGGAUCUGCAGGAAGGAGCUGCCGUUUACAGCAACGUUACAUUUGUACAAUCCGUGGAAUGAUGGUAAACAAGUCAAGAUCGGUCGGGACGGACAGGAAAUCGAGCCCAGAGUCGCCGAAGAAUUAUGCAGAUUAUUUCCAGAAGACGAAGGAAUCGAAAUGACGCCCAUUUUGCGAAAGUCGAAAGAGGCAGGGAAACACGUCGUAAAGUCGUCGCGUUAUCGCGACAAAAGACCCAUAGGCAGUUCUAGAUUUUUACGAAGAGGCGGACGAGGACGUAAACUAUUCUUAACGUCGAGAUCGCGUUUAGCAUCAUUGGCGAGAGGAUCUCAAGAUAUAACGGGAAAUCACAGAAGCUCCAGGGAUCAUUCCUACCGGUACACGCCGUGGUUCAAUCGAGGCGAUUCACCUUACUCAAAGGGUUACGGAACUGGAUUGGGUGUCGCCGCGGUUGCAGAGGCUUACGUGGCAGAUUAUAUGCGUACUAUGCAACACCAAUUGCCUCCGUUACCACCUUACGGUCCACAUCCUUACGACACUUUGCCACCGCCACCUCCACCUCCAAGAUAUUACGACGGUCUACCACUGCCUCCAGAUUACAAUGCGACAGCAUCGGCACUAGAGAAACGUAGUUACGAGAGGAGUGUCGAUGAAUUUCUAUGGAGAACGGCUAGUCGUCAUAGCCGACAUAGCGAUCACCGUUCUUCUCGCGAUCAUCACAGAUAUAGAGAUCGCAGAUAAGGAUCGCGACUUUAGUGUUUUCCUUCCAUCGAAAAUCCGUCGGUUCCCAAGUUCUUCAUUGACAAUGACAAUGAGAAUUGGAAAUGGAAUUCUAUUAGUGAAAAAAUUAAAUUAAUUAUAUACUAUUUAUAUUUAUUUGGAUUUAUACAAUA